AUGGCCGCACCCUCUGAAAAGUCCACGCAAGAAUCCAAACCUGCCGACCCGCCAGCAGUGUCCAGUAAUACGCCAACCAGGCUUGAAAAAACCCAUCCUGGAGUCCGUCGCUCGACUCCCGAUUCGGAAGCUUUGGCAUCCUCAGAUGACGACGUAGAGCACUCGCAUUUGCCGUCGACGUCUGCAGCUGUCUCUGCCCCCAAACCUACUCGCCGUACUUCAUGGCUGAACGAGAUCCCCCUCAAUAUGCCCCGGAAGGUGUCUCUGACUACUGGUUCCUUGAUCUCAGGCACCGGUGCCUCUAACCCGACCAGCCCCGCAACCGACCACACCGGAUGGCCUUCGGGGACAAGUCCUGGACUGAGCAGCCCAAUGAAUUGGAACCACGUAGGAAACAGCUCAUUCACAUGGGGCACAGGCAUUUGGAAUUCCGAAUCCAGAAAAGAGCCGCCACCCCGACUCUCAGAGAUUGUCCCGUCGCCUACGAUGUCCAACGCAUCCGCUGCUAACAACUAUUUUGCUGAUGACGUAUUGAGUCCCACUGCCCGCACUACAUCUGGAGAGUCGGCGAUCCCGUUCUCUAUCCCCCUUCACCCCACUCCCAAAACGUAUCGCUCGCAGUCUUACUCCGUGGGACAGAUGGAUCCAGAGUACUUGAACACGAUGGCCAAUAAGUCGACGGCGCCGUACCCAGGUGGGCGGGCUCGGAAUGCUGGACAAUACUCCGCGCUGCAACACCGAUCGUCUCGGCCAAGCCUCCUUGGAGAACUUGGUCAUGACCCUGCCACUCUCGGUCGUGUUCGUGAGGACGAUGACGAUGGCGGUAGCGGUACCAGUUCCGACGGUAGUCUCAACGCUUAUUCGGCGAAUCAGGCCCGCACAAUCGAGCAACUCUCGCGGGAGAAUGCAAUUCUGCGUCAGGCUGCAGGUCAACUGGAUAACAGACUGAGAGAUCGCGCCAUGUCUUCCGCGUCCACUGCCAGUGGUUAUGCAGUUGGUAGCAACUUGCGCAACCUCCACCGGAUUCGUGGGAGCGUCCCCGAGGAGACAGAUCUUGCUGUGGAGGAUCUCGACGAAGUGGGCAAUAUACCCGGUUAUAGCAACAUUCACAGCAGUGCACGUAGAAGGUUUUCCGAGCAUUCUGGUAACCUCGAGAAACAGCUGCCUUCCACUCUCACCCCCCUUGAGAACCGUGCGCUGGAAAGUAUUCGUAAGGCCAAUUGGCAGACUUCCCUUGGAUUUGGCAGCCUCGCCGAUAUUCCUCAGAGCAGGCGACACUCUUUUGCAGAUAUUCCUAUUCGGCACGCUUCUAUUUCUGGCGACUCUCAAACGGCAGCCACCUCCCGGGCUGGAUUGGGAGAUCGGGAAGACCAUCUCGUGAAUAUCAGUGAUGGAUCCCUUUCAAAUGCCCAGAGCCAGAAUCGUGAGUAUCACCGUUUGCAUGUGGCUUCUCGUCCCGAGGAACAUGAAAUGGAAAUGGAAUAUUUACGAGCUCGUCAAUUUGCAGAAUCCUACUUUGCUCGCGACCAAGCUCUUCGUGUUGCCGAAGGACCCUCUGCAGUUCCUACUUCGCUUCACCAGGCUUAUACGAUGCCAAACGCUUACGGCCGCCACCAGUCUGGUCUUGCACAUGGCCAUCAGAAUCAGCUUCUGUAUAUCGUGACUUUCAAGUGCCACCGUGCCGACGUUUUCUACAUUCAAGAAGACACUGGUUUGCAGGUGAAACCCGGUGACUUGGUUAUUGUUGAAGCGGAUCGUGGCACAGAUUUAGGCACUAUCCAGCAUGCGAAUGUAUCCUUGCAGAGAGCUCGGGAGCUGAAACAGCAGUAUGCAGAGGAACACUACAAAUGGCUGAUGAUGUUCUCUCGGCAAGGCCAGAACGGAGCCGCGAACGUGACGGGAAGUGUUCCAGCCUUGAGCGGAAGAAGCACUAUCGGCGGCAUGGGUCCUCAUGGUCCGCAUGGUGUGCAGGAUUUAGCCGGAGAUAUCAAGCCUAAGCUCAUCAAGAGACUUGCCCAGAACCACGAGAUCCUGACGCUCCGCGACAAAGAGGGCAACGAGGCGAAAGCAAAGCGGGUCUGUCAGCAGAAAGUUGCCGAACACAGACUCAAUAUGGAGAUUCUUGAUGCCGAAUUUCAAAUGGAUUGGAAGAAACUCACUUUCUAUUACUUUGCGGAUUCAUACAUCAAUUUUAACUCUCUUGUGACUGAUCUUUUCAAGAUCUACAAGACCAGGAUCUGGAUGUCGGCAAUCAAUCCAGCAUCCUUUGUGACCCCGCCAAAUGCUGGCUUGCCGCCUCCGGGAGGUGUUGGAAAUGCCGAAGGCAGAGUGUACGGCGCAGCUCGAGACGGCAUGGAUGUUGGCAGAGACACGAUGGGCAAUAAAAUCGGGCCCCUCCGCAGCACCUACACAGAUCCUUAUCAGUCUUUUUCCCAGGGUGCCCGACAGCCUGAUUCCAGCCUUGGUGAACUCGCGCCCAGUGCCGAUCCCUUCUCUGCAUACCCGCCAAACGCUUAUGGUAGUACCCUGGACACUGGCUAUGUCGACUAUGCCGCGCAUAGUCCUGGAGUGGGCGGUGGUCCCUCUCGGAUUCACAAUGCACCAAAUGACUGGACAACCCGGUUCCAGGCGUCCCACACACAACACCUCACAGACGAGAUCAUCUCUCCUUCAAUCUUUCCAGAGCGACAUCGACGACAACCGACGACCUGCCACGCCGACAAGAUGGGUGCCCUCAAGUACGUGGAAGAGAUCCAAAAGAAGAAGCAGUCCGACGUGAUUCGCUUCCUGCUGCGUGUCCGUUGCUGGGAGCUCCGUCAACUGAACGCUAUCCACCGUGCUUCCCGUCCUUCUCGCCCCGACAAGGCUCGUCGUCUCGGCUACAAGGCCAAGCAGGGCUAUGUUGUCUACCGUGUCCGUGUGAGACGUGGUGGCCGUAAGAGGCCUGUGCCCAAGGGUGCUACCUACGGCAAGCCCACCAACAUGGGUGUUAACCAGCUCAAGUACCAGCGUGCUCUGCGUGCCACCGCUGAGGAGCGUGUCGGUCGUCGCUGCGCCAACUUGCGUGUCCUGAACUCCUACUGGAUCAACCAGGACUCCACCUACAAGUACUUCGAGGUCAUCCUCGUUGACCCCCAGCACAAGGCUAUCCGCCGCGAUCCCCGCAUCAACUGGAUCUGCAACGCUGUCCACAAGCACCGCGAGAGCCGUGGUCUCACUGCCACCGGCAAGAAGUCCCGUGGUAUCAACAAGGGCCACCGCUACAACAACACCCGUGCUGGCCGUCGCCACACCUGGAAGAUCCACAACACCCAGAGCUACUGGAGAUACCGUUAG